AUGAUAUUAAAUAUAAUUUUGCUUAUGAUGAUUGUUCAACUUACGACAGCAAUGCCAUAUAUUUCAAAACAAGUAACUCAUAAAAACCUAAACGAAACAGUUUUAAAAAUGUUCUUACCAGCCAUAAAAUACACGAAUUCAAAUGAACUUACAAAUUCAUACUGCAUAGUAUUGAACACCACUUUCAAUGACAAGAACGAGGAUCUUGUUUUAACAUUUAAUGUCCAAGAUAGGAAACAAGAGGAUUACGAUUAUGCCCGAUUUGGUGAAAGUAGUGAAAUAAGAGGUAAACAAAUAGUUGAUUUUUCUGUAUCCGGGAUUAUUAGUAACGAUUUAUAUCGAUCGAGGAAAGGUUUACCUAAUGGAGAGACAAAUAUUGUAAUCUCACCUAAUCAUGAAAAAUUAUUCAAACUUUGUUUUCACAAUUUUGUUUUUGAUGGUUCUUGGAAUUCGAUAGAUAUCGAUAAAUAUGUGACAAUAGAUGUAUGUAAAUUGGAACAACGUGAAAGAGAAAUUGCAGGAUAUAUAUAUUCAGCCUUUCAACCGGAAACUAGGAACAAAUUGACCAAUACUAUUAUUGAACUCGAAGAAAUUACAGGAAAUCAAGGUAAUAAUCAAAUGUUACAGAUAGAAGAAUUUAUAAGGGAUAAAAAUGAAAAUACAUUCGAUAAAUUACUCUAUGCAAUGGUUAUAUACACUUUUGUAGUGAUCAUAUCUGGUAUAGUACAGAUAUGGUUUAUAAAAAAAAUGGUGUUCGGAUAG